GUGUAUAGACAAGUGCAGAUCAUUCUGGGACGAGUAUCUUGAACACUACGUUUUCUGAGAACUAGAAGAAGGAUCGAACUUGCUGAAGUAGAGGAAAUAGCGGACCUUUGGCGAGUGUGAUAACAUACCACGAUGUAUACCGACGGGGGUAACAACGGAGGUAACAUGGACACAGGCGGGAUGGGAGGGAAUGGUAACAAUGGAAAUUGGGGAGGAAGGCACGGCGGCCCGAUCUGCUAUGAAUGUGGGAAGACCGGGCACAUAGCCCGAGACUGCUGGUCAAAAAGGGGGAAGCUGGUACCGCAGGAUGACGAGAUCCAUAUCUUCGUACGGGAUCUAAUGAAGGACAAAGAAGAGAAGCGGAAACGAGAAGAGGAGGAAGAGCGACAACGGGCGAAAGAAGAAAAGGAGAGGAAAAAAGAACUGGAUAUGGCUCGGAGGACAGAGGAGAUUAGGAUGCAAUUACAGGCGGAGAUUGCGGAAAAAUGGAGAAGGCAACAAGAGGAGGCUGCAGAAAAGGCAAGAGAGACCAAAACGGAGAUGAAGUGUACCAGCCCGAAGAUUUCACUGGCCAGCAAGACAGCAAUGAAGACAAAGGAAAGGAAGAAGAAGAUGAAGAAGCCGACGAAGAAAAAGAAAGGGAAGAAGAGGAUUUUGGUGUCUUCGUCAGAAUCAGGGGAAGAAAGCAGUGAAUCGACAUCUGAGGUCUCGUCAGACACAAAAGAAGAGGCACUACGUUUGGUCAAGGUACUACGGGAGAGAAAACAGAAGGUGAAGUCAAGGAGAAGGCAGACAAAGAAGAAAGGCAGUAGGAGAACGCCUACGAGGACCUACGGAAAGGGAGAGAUGUCAAAGAAGUCGACGACACCAAUUUCUCCGACGAGGACAGGAGGGCUCGAAUCAAGGACUCCACUUUCGGCCGGAUACAAGGGUAUCAGCGCAGGCUGCUCACAAGAAGGAUUUGUGGAUUAUACAUUUGCAGUCAUGAAGCAAUACUCCACGAAGAACGUGCCAAAUCUCAAAGAGAUUUGUGACAAAUAUGGGAUUAAGGCGACCAGGAAAGACGAGAUGGUGAUGGAAUUGGUAAAGAGACAGACAAAGGUGGCGUACGAUGGAUUCUUCACUACACCGGUGGGAAAAAAAACGAUGUUGUUGAAGAUCGGCCAGGAUGGGGACGAAGAUGGCAAGACGCCGAUUGAAGUCGUAAAGACGACAAUCACAACAAGAGGAAAGACUAGGCAGGGAGACACACCAAGAGUCACACUCCGUUCGGCACCGACACAAGAGGCAGAUCAACAUUCGAGUUGACUAGCACUGCCCCCUAAUAAGGACGUACUCUGGACUACAUUGGGUACGUGCCUGACAGAACGAGAUAACCUCCGGGGGCAAGGCGCUAGGGGUGAACAAGUUACAAUGAUCGAGCGGCGCAUCACCACGACGACGUUAUUGCUAGGAUUGGUUGGAGAGAUCAAGUGGAUGGAUAAAUACUGCGACAAGUU